AUGCCUGCUCAAACCGCUCUCGACGUAAUCUCGACCUACAAGCCUGACAUCCUCGAGGAUCUGCGCAUCGAGCAAGCUGGUACAGUCACGCGCGUGCGACUCGAGAUAUCCAGAGAUGACUUGGUUGUCGAGGGCCCGAAGAUUCGUGUCACGCAGCUGAAGUCGAAUCUGCGGUUCCUGAUCGGUGUUAUAGGCCUCCGAUGCAGCAGUCUUGUUGAACCUUCUUGGAUGUCAACAAAGACAUAA